UGGUCAAAUACCGAGUUUGAAGUGAUAGGGAUUUUCUCGGCAGCCAAUUAACUUUGAGAGGUUGAAAACGCUAUAAACUUUCUAAACAGUUUAGUUGCACGGAACCUUUCAACAUUUUUGUCAAAACGUUUCUUAUUUUUAUUUCAAAAUGCGUGAGUGCUUAUCUAUUCAUAUUGGCCAAGCUGGAUGUCAAAUAGGGAAUGCAUGUUGGGAGUUAUAUUGUCUGGAGCAUGGAAUAAAACCUGAUGGUUCCCCUGAUGAAAAACAUGAGUCUAAUGUUGGAGAUUCUUCCUCAACAUUUUUUGCAGAAAUGGAUAGCGGUAAAAGAGUUCCACGAGCUCUAAUGGUUGAUCUAGAACCAACUGUAAUUGACGAAAUACGAAAUGGAACUUACAAACAACUUUUUCACCCAGAUCAAAUGAUCAGUGGUAAGGAAGAUGCUGCCAACAAUUUUGCUAGGGGUCACUAUACAGUUGGCAAAACAAUUAUAGAUCAAGUCUCUGAUAGGAUAAGAAAACUGACAGAACAAUGUAGUGGGUUACAAGGUUUUUUUCUCUUUCAUUCGUAUGGUGGUGGAACAGGAUCUGGGUUUGCGUCAUUGAUUUUGGAAAAGUUAUCGGUUGAUUAUGGCAAAAAAAGCAAGUUGCAAUUUUCUGUGUAUCCAGCACCACAGGUUUCUACUGCUGUUGUGGAGCCAUACAAUGCUACACUUACUGCUCAUGCUACUAUGGAUCACUCAGAUUGUGUUUUCUUGGUUGAUAAUGAAGCGAUUUAUGAUAUAUGUAAAAAUAAUUUAGACAUCGAAAGACCAAAUUAUCCAAAUCUUAAUAGACUGAUAUGCCAAGUUGUUUCAUCUAUAACAACAUCGUUAAGGUUCCAAGGUGAACUCAAUGUAGAUUUAAACGAAUUUCAAACAAAUUUGGUUCCUUAUCCUCGCAUACAUUUUCCUUUAUCCAGUUUUGCACCAAUCAUUUCUGCUGAAAAAGCUUAUCAUCAAACUCUAGAUACAUUAGAGCUUACUCGUUCUGUGUUUGAAUUAAAAAAUCAGAUGGUAAAGUGUGACCCUUCUGCCGGCAAAUACAUGUCGUGUUGUAUGCUUUAUAGAGGGGACGUUCAACCAAGAAAUGUAAAUGAAGCUAUAUCUAAAAUUAAGGCUACAAAAAACAUUCAAUUUGUUGAUUGGUGUCCUACAGGAUUUAAAGUUGGAAUAAAUAAUCAAACGAUUGUAACAGUUAAUGGUAGUGAUAUGGCUCCUGUAAAACGUGCACUCUGUAUGCUGAGUAAUACAACUGCAAUGGGAACGUUGUGGGCAAGACUUGAUCACAAGUUUGACCUAAUGUAUCAAAAAAGAGCAUUUGUUCAUUGGUAUGUUGGAGAAGGGAUGGAGGAAGGAGAAUUCACUGAAGCCAGAGAGAAUAUGGCUGCAUUGGAAAAAGAUUACGAGGAAGUUGGCGGCGAAACUGCGAAAGACGAUCAAGAAGAUGACGAUUGAACCUAACCGGAUUUGAGUAUUAAGAAACCUUAUAGUUUUAAUAGCGAGGCUUUUAUCUAUGCAGAGUAUGAAAUAAUUCAAACUUGUGAAUAAUCUUGGAAGUCGAGCAGUAGUUUAAUGGGAAAUCUAGAAGUCCUGUUUAAAAUUCAAUUCUACUUAUUUUAAACUUCUCGGGUUCGUUUGAGUUUUAUGUGCGCAUUUGUAAAACAUUCUACUGACCUUAUUUGAUUUGACGUCAAUUUACUAUGCAUAAGUACCAUUUCAAGUUUAUAACUUGCUAUUAGUUGUAACGUAUGUUUUAUACUUUGUUUAUAUAUGUAUUGGUCUCUCCUUUUUAACUUAA